GGCUUUGAUAGCCUCGAGCACAUUAAAGGCGCCGUUAGGAUCGAAAUGGUGGAUAAGCUGUGUAUUAGUCGAUAUGCGCGCGAUUAUAGGACUAUCGCGAAGGCUAUGUUCAAGCAUUCGGAUGAGCACAAUUGUAGUUUGGGCCCAAAUAUACUGCAACUCAACGACAGCACCGUAUGUUCGCUGCGGUCACCGGACCUCCGGAAGGGACAGAGGCUUAUCUUCUACUAUAUGGGACGUCCGAUCGAGAGUGAGGACGACUUUCUCGGCAAGAAUAUCAUGAAAUUCGUUCACUUCAAUACGUUCCACGACUACAAUAAUGAGAACACCACAGGAGGCGUACAGUUUGAGCUACCAAUCUAUCAGUACAUUAGCUAUAAGGAGCUGAAAGCGCCCCUCAAUGUCACCUCUCUAUUUGUCACUGAUCUCCACCACUUCACCCAAUAUUAUAUUGUCCUCAAGAUCUGCACCCAUCAUAAUGGGGUCCUAACGUGCAAACCAGUCGGUCAUAUCAAGACUAAGACUCUGCCAUCA